ACCUCAUGUAUUCGUCGCCCAAUUGUUACGUGAAAGCAGUGAAUGGUUUGAACCAUUCGUUUGAUGAGCGCAAUGUUGAUUACCUGUCCUAUUGGGUGGGCUAUUACGCCAAUAGACCGGCGCUUAAGUACCAGGAUCGGUUGACAAACAAUAUUCUUCAGGCCGGUAAACAAAUGUCAGUAUUGGCCCGUUUGGAUCCUUCAAAAACUACCGCAUACAUGGAUGAGGCACGUAAUGAGGUCGCAGUAAUGACCCACCAUGAUGCUAUCACCGGCACAUCACCCCAGGCCACAUCAGACGACUACACCAGUCGCCUACAGAGUGGAUACGCGGCCGCCAAACAAGUCAUACGUAAGGCUUAUAGUUAUCUCAAAUCCAAGGACUCGGAGAAAAAGGUGGUCUUAAACGACGUUUACUGCGAUUUUCUCAAUAUA